CGGAAGCGGUUAGCUCCAAGGUGCAGCACGCACGGAAGUUACAUGGCGGUCUGGAUGAGGUCGUCCUGGCGGCCGGCGGUGGCGGCGCUGAAACCGCGGCCCCCGCUCACAGGCCACCGGGCCGUCCACUCGGGCCCGGAGCCGGCGGAGCCGGCGGAGCGCAAGCAGGCGCUGUACCCGGCCGUCGUGCCGUCGCGCACGGCCAAGAGCAAGUGUGCCAAGCGGCGGAGGAUAGAGCAGUUCUGCAGCCAAGUGCGCGCCGCCGGCGAGGUCGCACUCGACGCCGGCGGCGAGCGGCUCCGACUGCUCACCAAGACGCAGCGGCCCAAGUUCGUGGUGCAGCCGCAGACACUCGCCAUCGGCGCCGACCGCUGGUACCAGCACUUCACCAAGACGGCCUUCGUGCCGGGCCUCCCGCAGCGCUUCUUCUUGUGUCCCGGCGCCGUCCUCGUCGAGGAGCAGGAGGAGGGCGACCGGCCGGCGGCGACGACGGCGGCGGCCGAGGAGCUCGUGUCCGAGGUGCGCGCCCUCGUGAGCGACGCCCUGCUGCAGGAGAGCUACCACAUGAAGAAAGCGCGAGCCUUCCUGGGCAGAGCGCAGGAGCACCUGGUGGCCCCUUUCCUCACCAACGUGGUGUGCGCCGUCACCGGGGCUCUCAGUAGGCAGAGCGCGCUGCUGCGGGCCUCCAGUCUCGACCUCAGGCCUGAUGUCAAUUUCUACUGGAUGAGAGGACAGAGAACCAUUCCACGGGGACACCGCAGCGGUCGCGUCGAACCCAUCAGGUUCCAGAUCGAUGACAAACCACACUCUCAAAUAAGAGUCCCCCAGCAGCUCCCGGAGUUCCUGCCCUUGGAGGCACACAUUCCCCAAGAGGUUCCUGCGGUCAGCUACCCCCCAGACCUGAUGCCCCUGUUCAAGAAGCAGUACGACAACAACGUUUCAAUAGGGUCCAAGUUUGGCGACCCCUGUUGCUAUGGCCACACGCAGUUCCAUGUGGUUCAGGACCGCUACCAUCGGGACCGGCUCAUCAAGGCGGGGCUCCCUGAGCAGGUGGAGGUGGGACUGAGGGCCAACGCCAUUGCCAGCCUCUUUGCUUGGACUGCUGCGCAAGCCAUGUACCAGGGUUUCUGGAGCAGGGAGGACGUGACACGCCCCUUUGUGUCGCAGGCUGUCAUCACGGAUGGACGCUACUUCUCCUUCUUCUGCUACCAGCUGAACACGGUUGCGCUCUCGGUGGACACGGACGCCGGGAACCGCAGGACGAACGUGUGCUGGGGCACCGAGAGCCUGCCGCUGUAUGAGGCCCUGAGGGACGGCGAGCUGCUCGGCCUGAACCAGGGCGUGCUGGAGCUGCUGGUCCGUUUCCUGCUGAAUGCCCCGCAGUUGGCGUGAGGAGUGUCGUAUGUUGUAUGUCCAUCUCGUGUGUCAAUAAAGUGGAACG